ACGGAGAAAUUUGAUUACGUAUAAUGUGCACCACGACAUGUGCAAACAGAGUGGGGGAAGUAUUUCGAGUAUCGCAGCUUACGUUAUCUGUCUUUGCGCAUUACGUUUCCAAGCUACCAUUACAGUUGAUCCGUCAUUCGCGGGAUAACAUACAUAAACAAUAUCGUUUCACUGCUGUGUUCAAAAAAUGUCACCUACAUUUUUUGCGCUAUUCGCGGGUGCUUUCUCGCUGCUUUGCUUUUACCUGUAUCUGAAGCACAACUAUUGGAAGAGAAACGGAAUUCCAACGGUCAAAGGAUGUGUCCCACUUCUGGGCCACAUGUUACCUAUGAUAAGGAAACGAAUGAAUUUCGCCGAAUUCAUUCGUCUGGCCUACGAGGAGAACAAGGAUCACAGCAUGGUCGGUAUCUACAAAGGAACGAGGCCAGUGUUAAUCGUUCGGGAUCCUAAUCUGGUAAAAACCGUGCUGCAAAGUAAUUUCUCCAACUUCCACGAGAACGGGCGCAAAGUUGUGCCAGAGGCGGAUCCUCUUUUAGCUAAACAUCCGUUGUUCAGUUACGGAGAAGCAUGGUCGACCGGCAGGAAGCGUCUGACCUACGCGUUUUCCAACGUCAGAUUAAAGAUUCUCUUCACAGUUGUCAGCGGAGUGUGCAAAAAGUUCGAGGAUUUUCUGAACAGGCGACUGAAAACAAGCAACAAGUACGAAGUCGACCUGAAAUCGUUAUUCUCGAGAUUCACGGGCGAGAUUGUGGCGAACGCUGGUUUAAGCAUCGAGGGAUACUGUUUCGAAGAUGACGUUAGAGCCGGUUCGUUUCAUGAAAUUGCCGAAAACACGUUCGAGGAAUCGUUGGGAACCAUAAUCGCGUUCCAUUUUCCGAGUAUCAAUCGUCUGCUGAAGCUCAGUUUACUGCCUAAAUCGGUGGACGGAUUUUUCCGGAAGGUCGUCUGCGAGAAUUUAAAAGUGAGGAGGAACGACUCAACACCUAGGAACGAUUUCCUUCAACUGAUGAUCGACAUGGAGAAGACCGGGGAUGUAAUCGACGAAGAGAAUGUAUCGGCACAUGCAGUUUCCUUAUAUUUGGACGGAACGGAGACGACCAGUAUUACGCUGAAUUUCAUUGGUCACGACUUGGCUGCUAAUCCGGAGAUUCAAGAGAAACUGAGAAAGGAAGCGAGGUCGACGAUCGAGAAGCACGGCGGUUUGACGUUCGAUGCAUUAAAGGACAUGACGUAUAUGACUCAAGUGAUUAGCGAGUCUCAAAGACUUCACUCGGCUGUUGGUAUCUUGCAAAAAAUGUGCACCGAGGAAUUCGAACUUCAAGGGUCAGAUGGACUGACCUAUCGUAUAAAACCUGGCAUCGAAGUGGUCAUAUCCGUUUUCGGUUUGCACGGCGAUCCAAAGUAUUGGCUGAAUCCGAAUGUUUUCGAUCCGGAACGAUUCAACGACGAGAAGAAACAAACUAUAGAAAAAAUAACGUACCUUCCGUUCGGCGAGGGGCCGAGAAUCUGCGUUGGAAUGAGAAUGGCCCUAAUGCAGAUAAAGGCUUGUUUGGCUAUUAUUCUGAGUAAUUACAAAUUGGAGUUGUCACCGAGAACACAGGUUCCGCUGAUGAUAUCGCCGCAUAAUUUUUUAUCGGAGCCGACUGGCGGCAACUGGGUGUACAUCUCCAAGCUUUAAACUUAUUCUGUGAGCUUUUUAAAAAUUUUCACGCAUUAACAUUUAUAUCGAUGUUUACAUAACCAACAAAAAUUCACGACGAAGUUCAAUAAAUCUUUCUGCUACCUCAGCUACCUAUCUUUAAACAAA